CUCGAGCUCGAGCUCGAGCUCCGUCUCCAGCUCCAACACCUCGGCCCUGUCCUGCUCUCCGUCUCCAGCUCGUCUCGGCCUCGCACCUCGCUCGCAGCUCGCGCCGUCUCGCUCGCUGCUCUGCACCGCUCGCUCCCCUUCGCUCUCGCUCUCGCGCUCCGUCUCUCGCUCGCUUGCACGGACCUGCCGCCUCGUCGCGCCUCGGCUUCUUCGUCCAUCUCUGGCCUCGUAGGCCAUCGCUUCGUCUCUCAGUCUCGCAUCUCCAGCACAGCGGCGCACCCAUCGCUGCGCAUAGUCACGCACCUCAGCGCUCUCCAUGUCCCAGGCGCCCGUUGCGUCGCAGCCUGCCAGCGCAUCUGCGCUCGGGCCGAGCCUUGGCAGCGGUAGUAGCGGCGGCUCGGGCAGCAGCAGCGCUCUCGGCAUGCCGCCCUUCUCCGGCGCCGGACAGGACUUUGUCCUCUUCGACGAUGCCUUUCCCGGCGCCAGUCUGCCGAUGCCGGCCCAGACGCCCGGCGGCGAGUUGGGCACGACGUGGGGCAGCAGCAGCAGCGGCAGCAGUCUGCUGGCGCCCGCCGGCGUGCCCGUCACGAGCGGUGCAGCGAGCAGCGCCCAGCCCAGCAUGGCUGCGCGCCCGGCGUUCGACUCGAAUCCCUCCUUCAUGCAGUACCGCGGCGCACCUGCCGGCCUGGGACCUGCCGACUCGCCCUUCUCCAGCCCAGCCUCGCGGCCCGAAGACGACUUCGGCACGUCGCCCGGCAGCGGCAGUGGCAGCACUGUCGACCCACGCUCGGGCAUGCCGAGCAAGAAGCGCGCACGCGGCGCACACGCAUACAGCAGCAGUUGGGCUGGCUCGGCUGGCAAAGGAGGAGUGCCUGGCCUGGGCGGCGUGCAGCGGGACCGCGUGGCCUCGCAGGGCAGUGCGCCGGGCGGGCCGGGAGACUCGCCGCUCUGGGUCUCCGACAACUCGCUCUCGCCGCCCAGUGGCUCGUUGGGCGCGCCAUUGAACUCGCUCUCCCUCGGCGACGGCUCGGGCGGAGCAGACGUCAGCUUCGAGAGUCUCUUCCCGAACUACCCGCAUCAGCAGCACCUCGGCGGCAGCGACAACGACGAGCAGCAGCAGCGCGCUCAUGCCCAGGCGCAGGCGCAGGCUCAGGCGCUGCUGGCGCUCUCGCUCGGCGCCUCGGGCCCCAGUGCUACGGCGCCCAUGCCGACGAACAUGCCCAACAUGUCCGGCUUCGGCGGCGCACCGCUCGGCCGCGCAGGCUCCUUGCCGAACGCAGAGCGCGUGCGGCAACAGGUGCGCAGCGACCUGGCGGGCGUCGACCCGCGCGCUCUCAAGGGCCCGCUGCGGAACAUUCAGCAAGGACAGAACGGCGGCGGCUUUCCGCUGAACAACCAGCAGCCGGCGUUUAGCGGCGCGCCCGACUUCAAUGCCGUGCAGCAGAUGCAGAGCUUCGGCCCGAGCAGAGGUGAUGCCGAUCAGCAGCGUCCCAACGCGCCGCGGAGACGAAGCGGGAGCCUCGACUCGAGCAUGUUUCCUUCGCAGACGGACCUCUUCAGCGGCAUGGGCGCGUGGCAGGGCGGCGCACCGAUGGAGUCGAGCAUGAGCUGGGACGGCGGCCUGAUGAACUACCUCGCCAGCUUCAACCAGCCGCAGUUCCAGCAGCAGCAGCAGAUGCCGCCGCAGCAACAGCAGCAUCAGCAGAUGAUGCCGAAUCAGCAGCUGCCGCCGCCGCAGCAAGCACAGCAGCAGCCGGCGCAGAACGGCAAGGGCCAAGCAAAGGCUGCUCAGAAGGCUGCUCGCGGUCGUCCACCUGCUGCCGGCCGCGGCCGUGGUCGUGGCGGGCGUCCCGAAGCAAACGGGCGCCCCGGCAUGACGCGCGACCGCAGCGGGCUCACCGUCAGUCCGCACGAGACGCUGCUGGAGUACGAGCCGCCGAGCGGCAACAUGUUCAGUCUCUUCCAGACGUCUGCACCGACGCCCGUGCCAGGACUCGCCGACUCGCUGGCGCGUGCUACUGCACUGCAGCAGCAGCGCUUCCAGGGCAACACGGAGUCGGUCAGCACGCCGACUGGCCCGCCUGCUCCGCAACGUGCGCCGCUGGACCGCAACGAGACUGCACGACCGUCCGUGUCGCAGCGCGAGGCCAUGGAGCGCGCCACGACGGCCAGCAGCACGAAUGGACCCAGCCGCGAAGGCUCGGCGGGAAGCGGACCGAGUCUGUUCUCGCCGCCCGAGACAUUCGGCACGCCCUCGAGCGAUGACGAGGACGAGGCGAUGUUCCGUCCCGCAGCCAAGGCUCAUGCCGAAGCCAAGGCUGCUGCUGCUGCAGCCGCUGCCGCAGGAGGGCAGAUGAUGCCCGGCUUCUCGGCGCACUUUCCCUUCCCUGCGCAGCGCAUUGCGCCCGGCCCGCGCUUCGGCGACGUGUCGUCGAGCUCGAGCGAGUCGGAGGGUGAAGGUCCGAUGCGCGGACGGCAUAGCGGCUCUGGACAGGGCAUGUUUCCGCGCCAGCAGGGCAUGGGUGGCUAUGGCUACAUGGCCGGCAGUCAAGAGAGCGGCCUCAGCGUCGCUGCUGCCAGUCUGCCCGGCGCACUGGCUGCCGCUGGACACGCAGGCGCACAGGCGGCGCGGAGCCGGAGCGCCAGCUCGGCGCAGGACGACGACGGCAGCGUCAGUCCGUCGAUUCGCAGCUCGGCGCAAGCACUGCCGGGCUAUCGCCGCGAGCUGGCCGGUCUGCCAGCACACGGCCCGCCAGUACAGCCCGACCUCUCCGAUCCUCGCCAGCGCGAGCGCAGUCGUUCGCGUCCUCGACCAGCGGGCGCGAAUGCCUCGCCGCAGGGCGGUGCGCGGCGGCCACUCAAGAAUACGUCGGCCAGCGAGGACGGCGAUGACGAUGAGGACGCGUGGGAGAGCGGCGACACGGAGGACGAGACGGGCGAGUCGGACUACGCCGAGGGCUCGAAGCCGUCCCGACCCAAGGCGGCGGGCAUCAAGAAGCGUCGCCGACCGCCGGGCGAGCCUGGUGCCUCUGCCUCGUCAGCGGCCUCAAAGGAGGAUCAUGGCAUCCACGUGCCGCUGCCCAAGGCUGUCGGCGGCAGUGAAGGACCUUCAUCUGCCGCGAUGCACUCUGCAGCCAACGCCGCCGGCAUCACGACGUGCGACUAUGUGCUGCACUCGACGGGCGAGAUCUGCGGCACCGAGUUCCACCGGCCGUACGACUUGGCCAGACAUCGCGAGACGAUUCACGGCAAGGAGGAGGCGCAGCUUUUGAGGCAGGGCAAGUUGCGCAAGGAGGAUUGCGCGGUGCUCUACAAGGAGGUCGAUCCCGAGAAGAGCCUCGCCACUGUCGAGUGGAAGUGCGACGGCCGCAAUGGCUGCGGCAGCGUCUUUAGCCGGAAGGAUGCUCUGCUGCGUCAUCGCCGUAUCCGCGGGCACGGCAAGUGAGGCACACAUCUCGGCGGCUGCGCUCGUAGCUGCCUGCGACAACCUUUCGACCUGCUCGCGCAUCUUCGGACCAUCCCAGACCCCUUCAUUCCGCAUCUCCAUACCGCUGCCUCGCCCUCUGCGUCGCACCUUCUCUCACCCGGAAGGCUCGCUCCCCCAUCAUCUUGUGGCCCAUCGCUUUGCAAUCCCACUGACCACGCACCUCGCUCCUCUCCAUG